CUCUGCUGCUGUGAGAAUGAGAAGGUUAAAUGCAAGGGGCAGAGGAAAACUCAGCAUAGGUGUUGGAAUCAAUGUGCACGGAGAUUACAUAGUGCCGUAAGAACAUCGUCGUGACGUUGACUUCUUUCUUUGGAGCUGCAGUGAAAACAUCGGUGAAAAGAAUUUCGAUAUGGCGAGUGUCAGAGUAGCAGUGGUUACGAUCCUGGUCUUAACAGUUCUAUGCAUGAUGGCAGAUGCUCAGCGGGCAAGUAGAGAGGAUGCCGUAAUUUUGGGGCUACGCAACAGGAGAGAAGCUAGAAUCUACCAAAGAUGUGACAACGAGACGGUUAUCUGCACUGAGUUCGAGGACGCUGGCAGCUGCAGUGAAACGUGUGAAACUGGCCCAGGCAUUCAGUAUCAGACCCGAUCCUGCAACUGCACGCUGGCUGUGAAUGAAGUCGACGGGACUAUCACCUUCAACCCAGUACCAGUCGAUCGGCUUGGAAGAAGACAGACUAGGAUUCUCGACGAUAACGGCUGCCUGUUCAACGAUGAACGAGAGCUGUGCGAGAACACGCUGAUACGUCUGAUCGUCUGCAACGAUGAAGUCGAUUGCCCAGAGAUGACAACGCCUGCAGAAAUGUCAACGACUGGAGAAUUGUCAACGACUGCAGAGGUGACAACGACUG